GAAUGAAGUAAGGCAGAAUAAUUAAGGAAACCAAAGAACGAAGAGACUGAGACCGGAUAGAGAGCGAGAGACAGAGAAAUGGAAGAAACCCAAGCACUCUUGCUUUGAUCCAAACCUCCAAAUUUCUCCCUCCUUCUCCUUCAUUUCCUUCGAAUCACAGACCAAAUUCAUCAUCUACAUUCGUAAUUCUUCCAGAUUUUUGUUCGGUCAACUUCUACAGUCCAGAGGAAGAAAAAAAUGGCGCUGAAUAUGAAAACCCUCACCCAAGCCUUGGCCAAGACCGCCGCGGUCAUCGAGAAAACAGUUCAGACCACCGUACAGGAGGUCACCGGACCCCGGAGUAGUUCACGUGGUGCAGGCGUUGGAUGAGAAUAAGAAUGCCAUGGCAAUGGUGACGGAGCCGCUCUUUGCGUCGGUGGCAAAUGCUGUAGGGAAUCUGGAGAACGUUGCUAAGGUUCCCAAGGAGCUAAAGGGUUUGGAAAUGGGAUUACUGGAAAUAAAGCAUGGUUUGCUUCAGAUUGCAGAGUCUUUAAACUUUCUUCAUAGCAAUGCGCAUCUCAUUCACCGAGCUAUAUCUCCUGAGAAUGUUCUCAUCACAUCAAAUGGAGCUUGGAAACUUGCUGGAUUUGGCUUUGCAAUUCCAGCUGAUCAGACCUCGGGUGACAUGGCUACCAUGCAGGGUUUCCAUUAUGCUGAGUAUGAUGUUGAAGAUUCUGUACUGCCUCUUCAGCCAUCUCUGAAUUACACUGCUCCUGAAUUGGUUAGGAGCAAAUCAUCUUUGGCUGGAUGUUACUCUGAUGUUUUCAGCUUUGGAUGCCUCGUUUACCAUUUGGUUGCUAGAAAGCCUUUGUUUGACUGCCACAACAAUGUUAAAAUGUACAUGAAUUCCUUAACUUACAUGUCGACUGAGUCGUUUUCUUCCAUUCCACCGGAGUUAGUUCCUGACUUGCAAAGAAUGCUCUCAUCAAAUGAGUCUUUCCGGCCAACAGCACUGGAGUUCACAGGUUCCCCAUUUUUCCGAGAUGACACAAGGCUGCGUGCUCUUCGCUUUCUUGACCACAUGCUUGAAAGAGAUAAUAUGCAAAAGUCUGACUUCUUGAAAGCUCUAUCUGAUAUGUGGAAAGAUUUUGAUUCCCGUAUAUUGCGCUAUAAGGUACUGCCACCUCUUUGUGCAGAAUUACGGAAUCUGGUUAUGCAACCUAUGAUUCUUCCCAUGGUUCUCACAAUAGCAGAGUCUCAGGAUAAACAUGAUUUUGAGCUAUCAACUUUGCCAUCUCUUGUUCCCGUCCUGAGUACUGCUGCAGGUGACACAAUGUUGCUGCUUGUGAAGCACGCCGAUCUUAUAAUUAACAAGACCAAUCAGGAACAAUUAGUAACAAAUGUCCUUCCAUUGAUUGUUCGGGCUUAUGAUGAUAAUGAUGCUCGCAUACAAGAGGAAGUUCUGAGAAAAUCAGUUUCCCUUGCUAAGCAACUUGAUACACAGUUAGUGAAACAAACAAUUUUGCCUCGUGUUCACAGUUUGGCUCUAAAGACAACAAUUGCUGCGGUUAGAGUCAAUGCUUUGCUAUGCUUUGGAGAAUUAGUUCAGACGCUUGAUAAACACGCCGUUCUAGAAAUCUUGCAAACAAUUCAACGUUGUACUGCUGUUGACCGUUCUGCUCCUACUCUCAUGUGUACCCUUGGGGUUGCAAACUCAAUCCUUAAGCAGUAUGGAGUCGAAUUUGUUGCGGAGCACGUUCUUCCUUUACUCACACCUCUUCUUACAGCCCAACAAUUAAAUGUUCAGCAAUUUGCUAAGUAUAUGCUUUUUGUCAAGGACAUUCUCAGGAAGAUAGAAGAGAAAAAGGGAGUCACUGUUUCUGAUUCUGGAGUACCGGAGAUGAAAUCUAAUGGGCCACAGUCCCAAUCAUCAAGCAGAACAAGUGAUACCGUCGGAGCAGCAAUAAAGAAUCGACCUGCUUGGGAUGAAGAUUGGGGCCCUACUUCCAAGGGACCAACGCUCCCACAAAAUUCUACGAAGGGGCCAACACCCCCUCAAAACUCUACUACCAAUUUCUCAUCUGCUCCUGCCGUUCUUGGUGGUCAGUCUAUGGCAGGAAACUCUAUACAAACAAAUUCUGUCGUGACUACAUCUGUGUCUAAUCCACAAACUGUUGCGUCCUGCCUUCCAGUAGAUAUUGAGUGGCCUCCUCGGAACUCUACUGGUGGUGCACCCAGAAUAGCUGAUUCUGGGAUGCAAGCAACUACCGGAUCAUCGUCAACUUCCAGCUUGGAUGACACGGACCCUUUUGCUGAUUGGCCUCCACGUCCUAGUGGCUCAUUAGGAGGUGCUUCAGGAACUUCCAACAAUGGAAUGGUUGGAGGACCAUCCGUGAACAAAUAUGGAACUGGUUCAUCUUUGAGUACACAGAACAGUUUGAACUUUCCAACAAACAGCAAUACCAGUUGGACCCUCAACAACCAAAAUACAACUGAACCAAUGAGACAAAAUCAUGGAAUUUCGGCUUUCAAUUCAAGCAAUCUGGGGAGUGGGGGCAUCACUUCCCAAAAUUCUAUUGGUUUUCAGAAGCAAAAUCAGGGAAUAUCAUCUCAAAAUACUUCUGAUGCCGACAAGAAAUUCACUGAUCUUGGAUCCAUAUUUGCGCCAAGUAAGAAUGAUCAUAUUGCACCCAGACUUGCCCCUCCCCCGUCGACUACUAUUGGUAGAGGAAGAGGAAGAGGGCGGGGGGGUUCAUCGUCAUCUCGUUCUACUCAUAACAAAUCGUCAUCUGGACAAACUCCCCUUAUGGAUUUGCUGUAGAGGGUGGAUGGAUUCUACGUUGAUCAGAAAUAUUUGGAAGAUGCAGAUUGCCUCUUGUAGAUUUUUCAUCUUGUGGCACACUGAGAUGGAUUUAACGAAAUGCAUAUCAGGUAUGAGAGUAUAUUUUUUUGACCCUUGCAUGUAAAGCAUAAGUUGGGGAUGCGAGUCAAUAUUAAAACGAUUGUUGUGUUAUGCCUGUAGCUGAUUUUUGGUAAAUGCAAUUUUUCUGUUUAUAGUCAAAAGUUGAACUAGUUUAUAUUGGAAAUUUUUAUGCCUCGUAAGUGUUGUAUUCUCCAUAUAUAGUCCCACUCCCAGUUUGUGACUAGCUUUUAAAGACAAUAAAGGAAGUUCAAAUUGAUUCUCCUAGAGUA